CUCUCUCCCUCUCUCUUUCUCUCUCCCCCUCUCUCUCCCUCUCUCUUUCUCUCUCUCGCUCUGCUCACCAUGUUGUUUCCGCGGUUCUUGAGCAGAUGAAGCAGGGAAGGAGAGAAAGCACAUUCUGGUGAGAUAAGUUUUCGGUGUUUUUACGCGCGGCGGAGAGAUGUUGCCGGCGCGCCCGGAGCGGAGCGCUCUGCCACGGCUCUUCCUUUCCCUCCUGCUGGCCUUCUCCGUGUCCUCCUCCUCCGCAGCCUGGGACCUGGUUCUCCUCCACACCAACGACGUGCACGCCCGGGUGGAGGAGACCAGCAAACACUCGGGGAAAUGCGGAGGCAGCAGCAGCGGGUGUUUCGCCGGAGUGGCCCGCAGAGCCACGGAGGUCAAGAGGAUCCGCAGCUCCGAGAGCAACGUGCUGCUGCUGGACGCCGGAGACCAGUUCCAGGGGACAGUUUGGUUUAAUUAUUACAAAGGAGCCGAGGCUGCGCACUUCAUGAACAAACUACAGUACGAUGCCAUGGUUUUUGGAAAUCACGAGUUUGACAACGGAGUGGAAGGACUCAUGAAACCGUUCAUGGAGAAUAUCAAGUGUCCCGUUCUCAGCGCUAACAUCAAACCUGACAAGACUCUGGCCUCGACGUUUGGAACCUCGUACUUGCCUUAUAAGAUCCUCAACGUGGGCGGGGAAAAGGUGGGCGUGGUGGGAUACACGUCACAGGAAACUUCAGCUCUGUCUAAACCUGGACCUCACCUGAAGUUCGAGGAUGAGGUUCCCGCCCUUCAGCUGCAGGUGGACAAACUGCAGACUCUGGGAGUGAAUAAGAUCAUCGCUCUGGGUCACUCAGGAUUCACCAUGGAUCAGGAGAUCGCCAAGAAGGUCAGAGGGGUGGACGUCGUCAUCGGUGGACACAACACCUUCCUCUACACAG